CUAUGAUUAUAUUGGCAUGUGCAAGUGAGAAAAUGAAAGCUGAUUUCAGGCUGUCAAGAUGUGAUACAGGAGAUCUGAUUAGGUUUAAGACAAAUUAGAAUGUUUCUUAAUAUAUUUGAUACAAUCAAAUCAUUUACGGCUUUAAAAGCAGUGUUUCUUUCUUUAUAAAAUUCGAAGAUUGAAGUAAAGCGAUCUUAUUUUUGAAUAUGAGUGAUUUCAAAAGUGCAAGUGGGUGUUUACAAAAUAAUAUCACAUAAAUAUUUGGCUAAUUCAUUUGAAAUUCCAUCAAAAUGAUGCUACCAGGUUUGGUGGUUGAGCUGUUAUGAACGUGGUGAGUGCAGUGUUACUGCCUUGCACUGGGUGCUGGGAUGUACGUAUGACAGCGGCAAUGGGUGCUGGUGCAUCUUCGGUGGUAACAGACAGCCUCUCCCCAUCCAACACCCAGGAACAACUCGCCACAGCGCAGCCUCCCCCCUUGAGGAAAAAAGGCAAAGUGGGGGGUUUCGCUACUUUACGUAAGAAGCUGAUGCGGAGGCGGCGUUGUUCAAAAGUUACAGACCAUGGUCGUAUGAUUCGAGAUGCUGUUUCCGAUUGGGCUGCUGUAGAAUUGGCCUGCCUGCUAGAUGAAUACGAGGCUCUUGCCGCACUUAAGGACCUUCAUGUACAGGCAGAACUGGCACGACCUCCUGCUCCCACCUUCAAGCAAGACCUUUCAACCCUUUACGACCUAAAGCACUGUACUGAUGUCGAUUUGGUCUUCAGAGGUGUAUGUUUUCCGGUUCAUCGGGCCAUAUUAUCUGCUAGGUGUACAUAUUUUAGGGAUCUUCUUGCAGGCUGCCCAGGAUAUGGAGCUAGAAUUUGCUUAGAAUUAAGGACCUGUGGUGUUGAAGUUGAGGUAUUUUCUGCCCUCUUGAGGUACUUAUAUACUGGUGAUCUCUCGGGACCCGCUGGGGUGGAUAUGGCCUUGUUGCGGAGGUUAGGUGAAGAGUUCGGUCAUCCUGCCUCCCUUGAACAUGAUCUCAGAUAUCUCCUUGAAACAGGAGAUUAUGCAGACGCUGCAUUAGUGUUCACCUCUGACUCGGAUUAUCAUAGACCAGAUUCUGGCAGUUCAGAGUAUGGAUUUAGGCCGAAGCUUGAGCUUCCAUGCCACAAGGCCAUUCUCAGUGCUAGGUCACCAUUUUUCAGAUCACUUAUACAACGACGGAGCAGAUCUGGUGAGGAAACCACCGAGAGAGUUCUUCAUAUACCAACAAGAAUUGUCCUUGAUGAAAGUGUAAUUCCUAAGAGGUAUGCUCGUGUUCUUCUAAAUGCAAUUUAUCUGGAUACAGUUGACUUGUCCCUGAUAAUGCGCCCUGGAGGACCAACGCUUGGAGAUGCGGAAGCGAUGACAUAUCGUGGAUCAAGUGCUCUAGAAGAGGCUAUGGAACUGUAUCAGAUUGGGAGGUUUCUCGAGUUGGAUAUAGUCUCUCAAGGCUGUGAAGAUGCUAUCAUCGAGUCUCUCACCAUUGAAAACUUACCAAUUGUGUUACGUUGGGGUCGAGAAGGUCAUGGAUCUGGCUGGGUCCUGCGGCAGGCUAGACAACUGCUGAGGGAAGAGUUCUCUUCCAUCGCCCACUCCAAUGUCCUUUACCAGCUGGACAAGGCAGAUCUUAUUGAUGCUCUCAGCUCUGAUUUCCUUCAGUCGUCCGAGCUGGACAUACUGCAGGCAGUUCUAAAGUGGGGUGAACAUCAUUUGAUCAGGAGAAUGGAAGAUCGAGAACCGAAUGUUGUCAGCCAAACUACUCACUCCGUUGCUAGGAAGGGCAUAAAGAAAAGGGACAUGUCCGAUAGUGAGCUACGAGAACUCUUGGCUGAUGUUCUGCCGUUGGUGAGAUCUGAACAUGUACUACCACGAAAUAGUGAGAUUUUGAUGAACGCAAUCAGGAGAGGAUUGGUGUCAACUCCACCUCCCCACAUGAUUGGAGAUCGGCCGCACAAUCCAUGGCUCAAUAAUAGGCUUUAUCCUAAGCCACGUCUCUUCAACCCUUAUUAUGAAGAAGUGAAGGCUAUAGUGGAUGAACAAAUGGUUGGAGAAACAGAACUGAUGAGAAUAAGAAGGUCAAGAUACAUCGCCGAUAUCCCAGACACAUUAUAUAUGGUUGAAGAAAGACCAACCCACCAUCAUAAUAUUGAUGUUAUUGCCCAUGCCAUUCCUGUUCCAGAUGUCAAUACUAUGAGUGGAAUGUUGAAGAGAGAGUGCAAGCUGAGACAAUCUCCUAGCUGCCAAAGAGCAUUGGCGUUGUCACUCAGCUCAAGAAAAGAUAUAAAUAGACAGAUUAGGCUGAGAGUAGUGAGGGAGUUCAAUCUUCCUGACCCUGUCGCCCUCCUUUUGGAAAAUGCCAGCUCAGCUUACCGACUGGAGGAGGAUGAAGAUGUAGCCACUAACAACAAACUUCGUAACAGGACAAGCUAUGCUGAUAGAAGGACCCUCCUCACUUACCCUCGUCCUCACCAUCUGCCCGCGGUAGUUACCGAGGGAUCUACUGGUCAUCACCCACGUUCACGUCUACCUGACCGUCGAGUGGCUGGUGGAGGAACAAUAGGUGGCACCAUAGAAAUUGGUUUGUCCCGAGCAGUUCCGGAUGUGGCUAUGGCUACUUGUGGUGAACCAGGUCCAACAGCAGUAGACACCAGUGAGAGCAGUGAUUCAGAACAGCUUGCCCUUGAUCUAGGGGAUGGCACGUCCCAUACCAGGCCACCCCCGCCUCCUCAUCGUUUCAUAUAGCCAGG